AUGGGCCGAGCGGCUCACCAAUACUCCUCCACCAAGGUGACCCUCCUGCAGACAGCUCUGGACUAUUUCGUCACCUGCAGCGCCGUCUUCCCUGUCCUCAUUCCUAUUGAGGAAGACGACGCAGACGGCCUAGAAGACAAAACACCUCGGUCCGACGAGGGAUCUACCUCUGCAAUCAACGAGCCCGGCCAUUCUUCCUCCAUUACCAGCUUUGUCACCGUCAUUCGAGACAUCAUCGACAAGAACAUUGACUCUCUGGCAGACGACCCCUUCGUUUCGGACCACGAGCUUGACAGCAAGCAAGACUUGAUCUCACCGUAUCAGUUCGGCAAAACUCUGCUCAUGCCUCCUCCCUUAAAGGUUCGCAGGUCACAGGAAGAUUUGGAUCCACUGUUCUCAAGCCCGAACCCGAGCCAGGUCGCCAGCGAGUCCAAACAAGCCUCUACUAAUCCGAUGGCCCACCACUCUGGACGAGCUCGCAGACCCCCACCCCUUCCUAUCAGAAACAGACCUACCGAACCCUCACACGCUGACGAAUCUGAACUACUCCAUGCGCCAGUUCCUAAAGACACCCAGCCUGCACCUCCCAUUGCUUCACCCAUCCCCAUCAUCACCCCGCCCCGUGGGGCUGCUAUCCGUCGGUAUAACAGCCAUCUUCGGUUCCUGCGCGUGCAGAUCACCAACAGCAUCGCCUCGCUGCGCGCACUGAUCGACGAAGUCACAGACCUGCAGGAGACGCGUCGCGCGGCUAAGAACUUCCGACGAUCGAGCUCCUUCUGGACGUUCAGUCCUAUCAAGAGCCCUGCGCGAGAAGCAGAAGAGAACAGGUCUGCGUCUGAGAAGUUGGCGAGACAGUCGGGUACGGAGACUAAGGAGCAGAGAAUCGCAAGGUUGAGGGCUGAUGGGUGGAAGACUGUGGGGUUGAGGUCGCCGACGAGUCGCUGGAAAGGUACGGAGUAUUACAAACGGUACUGUGGUGAUGUGUUGGAUGAGUUGUAUCUGGAGGCUUGA